GAGAAAUCCCAAACGAAGGAGUCCAGAGAGGGGAGGAUCUCGCGUAGUGCGCCCAUGGCGAACCAGGGAGCUAAGAAGAUUGUGGAGAAGAACAAGAAGCGCAUGGACCUCCUCUGGAACCUCAUCCUUGCAUCCAACGUUAUUUACAUGGUAGUGAGGAUGGCUAUAAUGCAUUCAUCUUUCACCUGGAAGCACUGGUUUGGCCUUGUGGUGACAUCUGCUGCAUAUUUUCUUUCAUACAAGCAACUUGCCAGUAUGACAAAGCCAGAAUACUCUGAAUCUGAUAGAAAAGAAGAUAAACCUGAACUGCUGAAUGCUGGUUAUGACAUGAGCACUGGUGGGAUUAGCGAAUAUUUAGAAGACGUGAUAUACAUCACAGUCUUUGUGCAGCUGGCGUCUAUUAUUUCUGGAAAAUUUUGGUGGACAUAUGUAGUGAUUCCAGCUUUUGGUGGAUACAAGGUUUUUGGUCUGUUGAGAGGAACAUUUUUCGGUGGUGGUUCUGAGGGUGAAGUUGAAGAUGAGAAGUCCCGCAAGAAAAGGGAGAAGAUGGAGAAGAAGGCAUCUAGAGGGAAGAUGAUCAAAACCAGGACUCGUUGAACAUGGUCAUAGCUGUCCAACUGCAUAUGCAAGCUGUAGGCGAGGUUUGCUAUCAUGGGUGAUAUCAUCUGUCCAUUUGAUCCAACAGCUAGUAAUAUGUAGCACAAAUGUCAAUUAAUCUUUAACUUAUGAAUACCAGCACUGUUAUUUGUAUAUUUCCUGACCCUUCUACCCCAAAUUAUGCGAGCCAACAUUGAGGCAUGGUAACUGAGAAAUACUAGUGAUACAAUUGAGGGUGGUCGUUUUCAUGGCUA